AUGGAACUUACGAUGGAGAAUAUUGGGAACCUUCACGCCGUUUCACACUCUCAUCAAGCGGGUGACUUGAUGAACUCUUCCCACGCGCGACAGUCGGCAUCGCAUAGGAACUUAGUGCACGGCCGAUCGACAAUGGUAUCUAGCAUGGCCUCGAUACUGGACGGCGCUGGGGAAUAUCGCACAGACCACUCUUUGUCCGGUCCUCUUCAUACCGCUAUGACCAUGUCUUGUGAUUCGAACAUGAGUCUUAGCAGCACGUACACCACGCUGACGCCGCUGCAGCACCUGCCUCCCAUAUCCACCGUCUCCGAAAAAUUUCACCAUCAUCCGCACCCGCAUGCUCAUCACCAUCCCGCACACCAGCGCCUCGCCGCUGGGAAUGUUAGCGGCAGCUUUACUCUGAUGCGCGAUGACCGGGGCCUGGCGUCUAUGAGUAAUUUAUAUGGCCACUAUCCCAAAGACAUUUCUGGAAUGGGACAGCCCUUGUCCCCUCUCUCGAACGGUCUGGGUCCUUUGCACAACUCUCAGCAACCUCUCAGCGCUUACGGUCCCGGAGCUCAUCUACCCGGUGACAAGAUGAUCACCCCGGGAGGCUUUGAGACUCACGCCGCGAUGCUUAGCAGGGGCGACGAGCAUAUUGCGCGAGGCUUGGGCGGUCAUGGUGCUGGAAUCAUGUCCACUCUGAACGGUAUUCACCAUCACGGUCACUCGCACUCUCAGGCAAACGGAUCUAUGCUUUCGGAGCGAGACAGACAUACAGCGGGAGGCGUGCAGGGCGGUGCAUCCGGACAGGUAGAGGAAAUAAACACCAAAGAGGUGGCUCAGCGAAUAACGGCGGAGCUAAAAAGGUACAGCAUUCCACAGGCCAUCUUCGCCCAGCGAAUCUUGUCUCGUUCUCAAGGAACGCUCUCUGAUCUCCUGCGGAACCCUAAACCUUGGAGUAAACUAAAGUCAGGUCGCGAGACGUUCCGAAGGAUGUGGAAGUGGCUGCAGGAACCUGAGUUCCAGCGCAUGUCGGCCCUUAGACUUGCAGCCUGUAAGCGAAAGGAGCAGGAGCAGCUGAAAGAGCGCAGCGUGGCUCCCAAGAAGCAGCGGCUGGUCUUCACCGACCUGCAGCGCCGCACGCUCGUGGCCAUCUUCAAGGAGAACCGGCGGCCGAGCAAGGAGAUGCAGGUGACCAUCGCACAGCAGCUGGGCCUGGAGCUCUCCACUGUCAGCAACUUCUUCAUGAAUGCCCGCCGCCGCUGCGUGGACCGCUGGCAUGAUGAGCACCAGCACAGCCACGUUGGUGGGCCUGCACAGCCCGCCGCCGGCCCCUCCGCUGCCUUCUCAAAGGCCUGA